GGCAAAUGGGAGGCCUUUUUAAUCAUAAAAAGAAAGACUGCGAAUAUUUUUUCUCCAAGACUUGCCAAGUGUGUUUCUUUACGGAUAAGUGUGAAUCGGAUUUUAAAAAAAAUGAUAAUUCGUUAGAAAAAAGUUCCAGAAUUUUUGAAGAGGUAACCUUUAAGUAUAUUUCCCAGCAAAGAGCUAUUAGUAAAUAUGGAAUUUGUGAAAGUGACCUGACGGGUCUGCAAUGUUGGAAACGGAUUCCAUCCCCUUUUAGCGAAGACAGGAAGCCUGUUAUAAGAUAUAGGCUAGCCGACGUUGAAGAAAGAGUUAAUUUUUUGAAAAAUAGAGUGAGCCAAAAUAAGGAUGACCUGACAAACUAUAAAGCGAAUUGCAAACCAAUUCAUUCAGCUCAGAGCGUUUUUUUUCACCCUGCAAAGUUCAGGAAAUCCAGCAAACUGAGGGGGUCAGCCAGGCUCGUUUUUAUUGCUAUGGCAACCAAUCUUAUUGUUACCUCUGCUAAGUUUAUUGGGUUUCUUUAUACAGGUUCAGCGAGCAUGCUCUCGGAAGGGAUCCACUCCUUGGCUGACGCUGCGAAUCAACUUCUACUAGCCAUAGGAAUCUCCCGGUCUCUACGGGCUCCCGACGACGCUCAUCCUUAUGGCUACGGAGGCGAGAGGUAUGCCUGGGCCCUUAUUAGCGGCGUCGGGAUUUUUUUUGUGGGCUGCGGUGUUUCGGUGUACCACGGUAUUAUGGGACUGAUGCAUCCGCACCAGCUCGACCAUCUAGAAUGGGUCUCAUUUCGUGUGACCUCCUUGACCCCGAUUUCUUCUAAUGCAACGCAGGCCUUUGGAUUAAUUGCCUUCUCAGGCUUGAUCGAGGGAGGCUCCCUUGCUAUCGCCUACUGCCAGGUGAAACAAAACGCAGCAAAUUUCGGAUUUACGAUAAGAAGGUAUAUUAAAGAGGGCUCUGAUCCCAACGAUGUGGCCGUUUUGCUAGAAGAUGCCGCUGCUGUCUUUGGAUUAGGAAUUGCUAUGAGUUGUCUCGGUUUAACGCUAUAUUUUAACGAUCCUACGUACGAUGCUAUCGGGAGUGUGGCCGUGGGAGGGCUGCUGGGGAUCUGCGCCAUUAUAUUAGUCCACCGCAACAAGGAUGCCCUCAUAGGCCGAGCAAUACCGAAGCAGAGAGUCAAGGAGAUCGUCCGGGCACUUAGCAAAGAUCCAGUGGUGAAAUCGACUCACGACAUAAAAACUUUAUUAACAGGCGUGAAUUCUGCUCGGUUUAAAGCAGAAAUCUCAUUUGAAGGGCAAAUCGUCACCGAGCGUUACUUAGAGAGAAUAUCCAUAAACACAGUUUUGCUGGAAAUUAAAAAGGUCGAAACGCCCGAGCAAUGCAGGCAGUUUAUGCUCAAGCACGGAGCAGGGAUAGUUGAUGCAGUUGGCAAGGAGGUCGACCGCAUUGAGCAAACAAUACAACGAAUAGCCCCUGAAGUACGCCACGUUGACUUAGAAGUCUUGUAGAUUUGUAAAUAAUUGAGCGUAAAAAAAAAUUUAAUUUUAAAAUUUCACAAUGUCAAUCCCCAACAACAAAAAUGGGUGGAGAAAUGCCAUAACGAAUAUAAAUUGCUAAAAAGGAGCACAUGACUUGUAAUAAAAGAAGACUAGCCGUUACCUGAAUUUUGAAACAGUAGUAAAUUGCCGGUAAG